AUUUGCUUUGCAUGUAGGUUUACAAUACAUUAAAUAGGUACCGAAGAUUCAGUUGCAAUCCGCCUUUAUAUCAGGUUUCUUGUGUAAAAUGUUAAAGUCGGUGAAAAUUAAUCAAUUAUUUCUACGGAAACAUGUGAAGCAAAUGCGUUUUAUCAGAAAGUCGAGUGUAGUUAAAGAUAAUACUUGCUUGAACUUUGACAAUAUUCCUGGUCCCAAAAGUUAUCCAUUAAUAGGAACUUUGUACAAAUAUAUACCGUUAAUAGGCGACUACAAUGCUGAAGCCCUUGACCAGAAUGCUCUUUUGAACUGGAAGCGUUAUGGAAGCCUCGUCAGGGAGGUGCCAGGGGUUAACUUACUCCAUGUCUUCGAUCCUGAAGAUAUGGAGGCUAUAUUCCGCCAGGAUGACCAAUAUCCCGCCAGGCGAAGCCAUGUUGCCAUGUUACACUAUCGGUUAAAUAAACCAGAUUCUUACAACACUGGAGGAUUACUCUCAACCAAUGGUCCAGAAUGGUGGCGGCUCCGUAGCACAUUCCAGAAAAAUUUCACAGGUCCACAGAGCGUAAAAGUACAUAUUCAGGAUACUGAUAGUAUUGUUAAAGAAUUCUUGCAGUGGAUAAAGGAUAAUAGAGUAACUGAGAACGACGAUUUUUUGAACUACUUGAAUAGGUUGAAUUUAGAAGUUAUCGGGAAGGUUGGGUUCAAUGAAAAGUUUGACAGCUUUUCUCAACUUGAACAAGAAAGAGAUUCGCGCAGCAGCAAAGUGAUCUCAGCAGCUUUUGACUCAAACAGUGGUAUAAUGAAGUUAGAUAAAGGUAUCCUUUGGAAAAUUAUCAAAACGCCAUUAUAUAGAAAGCUCGUGAAAUCACAGGAUUAUUUAGAGAAAAUAGCUACAGAGAUAUUUCUACGUCGUGUAAAUUUUUUUGAUGAAGAUAGUGAUGCUCGCGAUAUCUCACUUCUGCAGUCCUUUCUUAUUCAACCGAAUUUAGAUCUAAAGGACAUAGUGGGAAUGAUGGUCGAUAUGCUGAUGGCCGCUAUUGAUACUACAUCAUACGCCACGAGUUUCGCAUUGUAUCAUUUAGCUACAAAUGUGGACGUUCAGGAAAAAAUGUUUCAAGAAAUCAUGGCUUUGCUUCCUACAAAAAAUUCAGAGAUAUCAGCAGAAACAUUGACAAAGGCUACUUAUGUGAGAAGUGUCAUAAAGGAGAGUCUGAGGUUAAACCCUGUUUCUAUAGGCGUAGGGCGUUGGUUGCAGAAAGAUAUUGUACUUAGAGGAUACCUGAUACCAAAAGGGACUGUCAUAGUGAUGCAAAAUAUGCUGGCUUCUAGACUACCACAGUUUGUUAAAAACCCUACAUCUUUUAAGCCCGAGCGUUGGAUGCGUGGUUCACAAUUUUAUGAGAAUUUACAUCCCUUCCUAAGUUUGCCUUUUGGUUUUGGGCCAAGAUCAUGCAUUGCACGGAGGCUGGCGGAACAAAAUAUGGCUAUUACUCUGAUUCGGAUGCUACGCGAGUUUAAAUUACAGUGGGAAGGAAAACAGUUAGGAAUACGGACAUUACUAAUAAAUAAACCGAAUCAGCCAAUACUUCUAAAGUUUAAACUUAGAAAUGUGUAAAGAAAAUUGAAAAGCG